GAGCUCAGUGGCAGGGGAGCCCUCGCAAUGCCAGAGGGAAUAGAGCCGUAUGGUGCACGAUACCUAAUGCGAGAGAAAAGGAGCUGAGCUCGGGGUAAUGCCGCCUGCGUGUGCUCACGCGUCUCCCCCCAGUCCGUGUGCAUGUGCAUUUCCCUGCCUGCGCGCGUGCCUGCGCCCGUGCGCGUCUGCAUCCUGCCGUGUCCGCUGCUGUCUUUGUUUCGCUGUUUGCUUGUGGGUUCGGAGCGAUGCGUGGCGAGUGCAUUGUGGGUUUGCCUGGGAGCGUGCUGCGUGCGGAGCAGCGGCUCUGCGUUGUUUCUGCCUCCGUCUGCUUGGUGAUUGCCUUCCUUUGGAUCAUCCCCCGUGCUCUUUAUGGGGGAUGAUCUUCCCUGCGAGUUCGCAGCUUACUCCAUGUUUCUCCGCAUCCUUUCACUAACAGAUUUCCCUAGAUUUUUUUGGGGGAAAGUUCCUCUUUCCCCUACACCUCAGAUCCUUCCUCCAGAAUAACAGUGCAUUAACCCAAACAAUUCCUGGCUGUUGGAGCAUGAAACAAACUCCGGUGGGGAAGGGAAGCUCUCCGAUGGGAGAGUACAAGCAGCUGCCUGAUGGUGUAAAGCCCAUGCUGGUGCUCUGCAGGGGAUGGAUGUGGUGGAGAACAGCUGAAGUGGGGCAUCCUUUGCAUCACCUGCACCUUCAGAGCGUACCUCCAGGGUUAUGUCCCUGCGCACCGCUUGGGGUUGUGCUCCCAUAACCCCGUUACCUGCUGCGGCCCUGCGUUUAUCAGCGCGGUGACUGUGCGACAGCUCUAUUUUAAUCACGAUGAUUAUUGCGGGUGUGCGUGGCACAAAAAACCUGAGAAGUUGCUCCUUCCCCACACCAGCAGCUGCUGGAGCAGCGGUGUGUGGGGCUGCGCGGGGCCAUGUGACUGCGGCGCGUUGGGAAGGAAGCGCAGAGGUCAAUGCAAAGGCAUUGUGCCAGGCGUGCUGCGGCCCCUCCGCGCUGUGGGGCCGGACAAAAGCAGCCCGGUGGGGUGGGUGAGCAGCAGAAACCAAAGGGGAAUCUGCGCUGUGUAGUGACUCCUUUGUGGAUGGGAAGGAAAAAAAGGUGUUUUUGUAGUUCAAAACGCGCUGUAUGUUUUUGUUAACCACCAUUUGCGUGGCUCGUGGCACCCACCUGGAUUGGAAUGGAGGUUGUGUGUACAGAGCUGCAAGAGAUCAGCGGGAAGUGGGCAAAAAGAGAGUAGGGGGAAAUGGACAAAAAUGCGUGUUGGCACUGCUCUCUGCCUGGGUGUUUUCUCACACAGCUACAUUCUCAGCCCUCGGGUUUGACAGGACAUGAAUGCUGUUGUUUCCUAUCUGAGCACAAACAGAUCAACAGCUUCAGGUCUGCGUUAGCCGUGGGCGGAUGGGCGCAGCCAUACAAUGAUGAGUUCACCUUCGGGCCCCGCAGUGCUCCCCGAGCGGGUGUGCACAGGUAGCCGGGUCUGACUGAACCGAUGAUGCCCUGCUUUUAUGGCUCGCCUUCCACAAACAAAAGGAAUCAAUUCCAGAGGGUUUGGGUUUCUACUUGAGCACAAUGCAAGCCCCUCGUCCUCAGUGCUGCCUGCAAACCGAGGGUUUGCUUUAUGUGCCGUGAUUCCGUCUGUGACUUUUUGCAGUUUGGCUCAAAGAAAGGUGCCUUCCUUCCUGGGCUUUUAUUGGUUUAAUUUCUGGCUGACUUCUUGUAAUCAGCAACAUCUUGAUGGGCUGCAGCAUGAAAGGAGAAAUUUAAGGAGAAAAAAAAAAAGGCGUUUGGGAGGGAAGGACUCGUAUUUUGAAAUGGAGCAUAUUGAGAGUCUAGACAGCCCCUGGGCUAGCUGGGAAUCCUGAAGCAUCCCGGCUGCCCGGGGGUAUUUCUCCGCUCCCGCUCCUGGGGGCGCCGUGAGGAGAACCCGCGCUCCCGCGCGCCGCGCUGCGCAGAGCCGUAAUGGCGGGCGGCGGUGCGGGACCCUCCGACCCCGGCCCGCCUUCCUGACAGCGCUGCGUGCCGGCCUGUCAGCCCGGGCUCGCGGCGGUUGCUAGGCAGCGGCUCCUGGGGCCGAGGGCCGCGCUGAUUGGUCGGGCGGCCGCAGCCUAUCGGCGCGCGGGACGUUGCACGCCGCCUGCAUACUGCUGAGCCUCUCGCCACCUGGAUGUGCCGAGAAAAAGGCACAGUGCUGUGAUACCUUUUUUUUUUUUUUAAUUUUUUUUAUUUUUCCCUCCACCUCCCCUUUCUGGUACUGUUUCCGUAACCAAAAAAAAAAAAAAAAAAAAAGCCAAAACAAAACAAAAAAAAACCCUGAACCCUAAAAAAAAAAAACCCCAAACCAAAAAAAUAAACCCAAUCAGGCCAUGAAACGGAGACCGGAACAAGGAAAAGAGGUACUGUUUGAUGAGUGUGAAAGGAUGCUUCACUGAUUUCCAUAUUGAUUUUGGAGGCACUUCAGUGUGGUAUCACGUUUUCCGUGGGGGGAAGAUCUUCUGGCUGAUUCCACCUACUCUGCAGAAUCUAGAACUUUAUGAAGAAUGGGUUCUCUCAGGAAAGCAAAGUGAUAUCUUUCUGGGAGACAGAGUGGAACGAUGCCAAAGAAUUGAACUGAAACAAGGCUAUACAUUCUUCAUUCCUUCAGGGUGGAUACAUGCGGUUUAUACUCCAGUAGAUUCUCUGGUGUUUGGUGGAAAUAUCCUGCAUAGCUUUAAUGUUCCCAUGCAGCUUCGCAUCUAUGAAAUUGAGGACAGAACAAGGGUGCAUGCCAAAUUCCGUUAUCCUUUCUACUAUGAAAUGUGCUGGUAUGUUCUGGAGAGAUACGUGUCCUGUGUGACCCAGCGCUGCCACCUCAGCAAAGAGUACCAGAAAGAAUCAAUGUUAAUUGAUGCAAAGAGAAAACGCAGCAUAGACAGCUAUUCAUCGGAUUCGUGGUUAGACAUGGAUGAAGAAUCUUGUGAUGCUCAUAUCCGGGAGGAAAAGGAUGACAGCUUGGAUAAGAACUCCAAAUCCCUGGUGGAUGGCUCCUCCUCACCCAACAGCACACAUUCAGAAGGAAAGGAGGGUGCAGGGAGAAAACAAAAAGCCACAGUAAUGAGGUACCUAAAAAGAACUUUGUCUAAUGAGUCAGAUGACAGUGUAAAAUCAACGACCCCCACGGAUUAUCCCAAAACACCAACGGGGUCUCCAGCUACAGAAGUUUCAACCAAAUGGACUCACCUCACAGAAUUUGAACUGAAGGGUUUAAAAGCCCUGGUGGAAAAGCUUGAAUCUCUCCCAGAGAACAAGAAGUGUGUUCCAGAAGGCAUUGAGGAUCCACAGGCUCUCCUGGAGGACAUGAAGAACAUUCUGAAAGAACAUGCUGAUGAUGACCAAAAUCUUGCGAUUUCGGGUGUCCCUGUGGUCAGCUGGCCCAAGAAGACCCCAAAGAACAGGGCGGUGGGACGGCCCAAAGGGAAGCUGGGCGCUGCCUCUGCGGUGAAGCUCGCAGCUAACCGGACCACGGCCGGAGCACGCCGGAGGAGGACGCGAUGCCGCAAGUGCGAGGCGUGCCUGCGGACAGAGUGCGGCGAGUGUCACUUCUGCAAAGACAUGAAGAAGUUUGGGGGGCCUGGCAGGAUGAAACAGUCCUGCAUUAUGAGGCAGUGUAUCGCACCGGUGUUGCCUCAUACUGCUGUAUGUCUGGUGUGUGGAGAAGCUGGGAAAGAGGACACUGUGGAAGAGGAGGAGAGCAAGUUUAAUCUCAUGCUAAUGGAAUGCUCCAUUUGUAAUGAAAUAAUACACCCAGGAUGCCUUAAGGUGAAGGAAUCAGAUGGUGUGGUUAAUGACGAGCUGCCGAACUGCUGGGAGUGUCCAAAGUGCAACCAUGCAGGGAAAACUGGAAAAGCGUACAAGCAAAAGCGCGGACCAGGAUUCAAAUACGCAUCAAAUCUCCCAGGCUCAUUGCUGAAGGAACAGAAAAUGAACAGAGACAAUAAGGAAGUAACAGAUGCUGCAAAACGGAAAGGGGACUGUGAAGAAACUCCCAGGCGGAAAUCUGAGGAACAUUCCAAAAAGCCUCAAGUUGACUCAAUUCUGAGGAGAAAGUCAGACGAAGUACAUCUGCGGAGGAAAAGGAAAUUUGAGAAACCCCAGGAACCCUCUAUGAGAAAACGGCGGCGAUCGUGGAAGGCUUCAGAUGAGCGGACCGCCCUGCUCAAACCCCUGCGGCGCCUCAAACAGGAGCCGGAGGACGAGCUGCCGGAAGCACCUCCCCGGUCCAAGGACAGCGACCAGUCGCGAUCCAGCUCGCCCACCGCGGGUCCCAGCACAGAGGGGGCCGAGCCCAGGGACAAGAAGAAGUUCAAGAUGAGGCGGAAAAGGCGGCUUCCCAAUAAGGAACUGAGCAAGGAGCUCAGCAAGGAGCUCAACCAAGAGAUCCAAAAAACCGAGAAUAGCCUUGCCAAUGAGAAUCACCAACCCAUCAAAUCUGAACCCGAGAGCGAAAACGAGGAACCCAAGCGCGCCUUGAACAACAGUGAGAGACUCCAUAGGUUCAGCAAAGGGUUGAACGGGACUCCCCGGGAGCUGAGGCACCCGCUCAUCCCCAGCCUGCGGAGCACGCCGCGGGGCAUCGCCCGGCCCCCGCCCUCGCUCUCCCCUCCCAAAUGCAUUCAGAUGGAGCGGCACGUCAUCCGGCCGCCCCCCAUCAGCCCCCCUCCGGACUCUCUCCCCCUGGAUGAUGGGGCAGCCCACGUGAUGCAGAGGGAAGUCUGGAUGGCUGUCUUUAGCUACCUCAGUCAUAGAGACUUGUGCAUCUGUAUGAGAGUUUGCAAGACCUGGAACAGAUGGUGCUGUGACAAAAGAUUAUGGACCAAAAUAGAUUUAAACCAUUGUAAAUCCAUCACUCCACUUAUGCUUAGUGGCAUUAUUAGGAGACAGCCUGUAACCCUUGAUCUUAGCUGGACAAAUAUAUCUAAAAAGCAGCUGAGCUGGCUUAUCAACAGACUGCCAGGUCUUCGAGACCUGCUGUUAUCAGGGUGCUCAUGGAUAGCAGUGUCAGCACUUUGUAGUUCCAGCUGUCCUUUACUCCGAACUCUGGACGUGCAGUGGGCAGAAGGACUGAAAGACGCUCAGAUGAGAGACCUCCUGUCACCGCCCACAGAUAACCGGCCAGGCUGCAACGGGUGUACUUUAGAGAGUAUGGAAACACUUUCUUCCAGUUCAGGGAAGGAGCAGUUCUGUGGGUCAUGCCACAUUCGCCCGGAUAUCAGCUCAGGUCAGAUCGACAACCGGAGUAAACUACGGAACAUCGUUGAACUGCGCUUGGCCGGCCUGGAUAUUACCGAUGCGUCUUUGCGGCUGAUCAUAAGGCACAUGCCUCUGCUCUCCAAACUCAAUCUUAGUUACUGUAACCACGUGACAGAUCAGUCUAUUAACCUGCUGACCGCGGUUGGAACUACCACGCGGGAUUCAUUAACGGAAAUUAAUUUAUCAGACUGCAAUAAGGUGACUGACCAGUGCCUGUCCUACUUCAAACGUUGUGGAAACAUCUGCCAGAUCGACUUGAGGUACUGCAAGCAAGUGACAAAAGAAGGCUGUGAGCAGUUCAUAGCAGAGAUGUCAGUAAGUGUUCAGUUUGGGCAAGUGGAAGAAAAACUUCUGCAAAAACUGAGUUAGUUAAAGGACACGUGUAAAUACUGGGGCGAGGCGGGGAAGGGACUAAGAACAUGUAGGGAUUUUAUUUUCAAUUGGGAUCUUGGAAUAUUGGAAAAUACCGUGAUUGGAUUUUACAACUCUUGUCGAGAACAACAUGAAACUACCCACGUUAAGAAUCUCAACUUGUGCCACUAAUUCAGUCUACCUGGGAUGUCCUGCACUGGCUCUUAUGCAAAUUCAUAAGGCGACUGUUAUUGAUGAUAAUUGUUCACACCCGGAAGAAGACUGAUCUCCAAGGAAUACUGUUAUUUAAAGUACCACAGCAUGUGCUUGGUAGUGUAAAUUUGAUUUCUGCUUUUCAUUUCUUAAAACAAACAAACAAACAAAAAAAAAAAGUUGGUGUCAUUAAAGUGGACCACGCACUGCAUUUCUGCCUUCUUAACACAUUUUGUUUUGUUACAUCUUACAUUAUGCAGAACUAUUUUUGUACAAAAAUUGUUUAAAAAUUAUUUAUGCAAUGUUUGAAUGCAUUACCAGUGUUUCGGUUUUGAUUGCCAAUUUUUAUCUUUACUUAUGGUAGGAGAGAACUUAACCUAUACUUCGUAGACAGUAUCUAUCUACAAACGUGCCCAGGUCAGGAAAAGUAGGUUAAUACUUUCAACUUAAAGCAUGUUUUAAUGGAAGUUUAUAUCCUGCUUUGUAUACUUCAGAAGUGACAUAAGCAUGUUGUGGAAAUAAGGUGUAAAUUAUAGUUGAAGUAAAACACUUUGCCAAGUUUUAUCUGUAUAGAAAUCACCUUUUUCUCAAAAUUUUAAAAAUUCCAAUUUCAGCUUUUGCACAUAGGAGGGUUUCACUCUGUAGCAUGAGCUCUUGUACUCAAUAUAAAAUUAAUUUAUACAGUGAGUCCAGCAGUAGAAUAAAUGGUCAAACGUAGUCUCUCUUUCUUUGAAGUGUGAGUUGAGUUCUCAUUUAAGGUUUAUAACAUGGUUAUUUCCUGAUUGUAAAAUUCUGCAUUCAUAAGUGCCAUUGUUGUAAGGUGUUGUUUUCGUAGACCUUCCUGAUGCAGUUUUACCUUUGUUGAAUUUGUAUAAACAAUUGUACAAAAACAGA